CCCUGACGGCAUCCAUACACAAUAGUGUGCUGUCUCUGUUCCAGGGAGAAUAUCAGCUCUGCACAGGGAGGAGAGGAUUAGCGCAACCACUCAGCUCAUCUGCAUACACGUUCCCAGAGAACCACAUGAGCACCCAGGGCUGCACCUCUUUUGUAUAAAACCUGGCACUGCUAUCACAGAGGCUCCACUUCAUCUACUGUCACUGCUGUGAGAGGAUUUAAUAAGGACCACAGUUCUGUUCCCCCUAUUGGACUCUUUUAAAUUAUUUCCAGACUCUUUUUUUUAUAAUUCAAAUUUGCAAUUUGCUGUCUGUGAUGUCUCUAUUUAAUUGGGACAAUGCAAGUAAUAUCAUUUGAUAUCUUGCACUGAGCAUCAAACAGUUUUCCCCUCCUUUUUUGGGACUUUUCCACCAGGCUUGUUCCUUCAUCUGGUUUGGGAGACUGCAGCACCAGAAUGCCAUCUAGAGAGUCCUACGAGGUUCACAAGGAAGAGAAGUCCCUGGUGCAAAAGGCCAAGCGGGAGGCCAAUCAGGAGGAUAUUCUGGCGGCAGCUCUGGGGAUGAGGAUGGGGCCACAGAAACCUCCAGCCACUUUCUGGCAGCCACUUAAACUAUUCGCCUAUUCACAGCUCACCUCACUGGUUCGCAGAGCCACCCUGAAGGAGAGCGAGCGGACAUCCAAAUCGGAGAAAGUCCACAACUUCAAGGUCCAUACCUUCCGAGGGCCGCACUGGUGCGAACACUGCGCCAGCUUCAUGUGGGGACUGAUGGCUCAGGGGGUCAAAUGUGCAGACUGUGGUUUGAAUGUCCACAAACAGUGUUCAUCUCUGGUCCCCAAUGACUGCAAGCCAGACCUGAGACACAUCCGUAAAGUCUUCAGCUGUGACCUCACGACCUUGGUGCAAGCUUACAACACAGCGCGACCCAUGGUGGUGGACAUGUGCAUACGGGAGAUCGAGUCAAGAGGACUGAAGUCUGAAGGCCUGUACAGAAUAUCUGGAUUCAGUGAUUCGUUGGAGGAAGUCAAGAUGGCGUUUGAUAAAGAUGGCGACAAGACAGACAUCUCAGUGAACGCCUAUGAAGACAUCAAUAUCAUCACCGGUGCACUGAAACUUUACCUCAGGGAUUUGCCUGUUCCCAUCAUCUCUUAUGACGCUUACCCCAGGUUCAUCGAGGCUGCAAAGCUCACAGACCCAGAGAAGAAGCUGGAAGCUUUCCGAGAGGCUCUUGCUUUGCUGCCGCCAUCACACAAUGAAACUUUGAAGUACCUCAUGGCACAUUUAAAAAGGGUGACACAGAAUGAGAAGUUCAACCUGAUGAACGCAGAGAACCUCGCCAUCGUCUUUGGACCCACCCUCAUGCGUGUGCCAGAUGCAGACGCCAUGACAGCACUCAACGACAUCCGCUACCAGAGACAGGUGGUGGAGAUGCUCAUUAAACAUGAAGACGCGCUCUUCUAAACACAGAUCAGGACUUUUAUAGAACAGCUAUCUAAUCAUUCUUUUGUGUAAAGACUUGAAUGACAGUUUGUAUUACACUGAUUGAUACAUUUUUUUUAAAUGCCCUGCGUAUGGACUAGUGCUGACCUAACAUCUGUCCUCUCCUGUAUCGGGUGUGGACGAUGAACUUUACACUUGUACGUACUCUACGUCUCCCCAUUUUUGUCGGGGGAUUUUCAGAAGCUGACAGGCCAGCAUGCAUGGUGCGAGGUCUUUGUUGCUUUGUAGUCGUAACCCAGCAUGUGUUCACAUCGUGUAGUGCUGUGAUUUUGCUUUUGUCUGCUCUGUAGUAGUUCGAUAGUCCACAUCCCAGCUGCCUGCUGCGCAGUUUCUUUCAGUUCAACAUUGUAUAGCUGGAUGUAAAAAUAAGCUACUGAUGUUUCUGGGUAAUUUUUAUGAUGCUGUAUUUUUUUAUCUCCUCAACUGUUUUUAUGUAACCUGAUGUAGUUGAAUGAGCCUUUCCUCUUAAUGUGUACACACUGGUGCGUUUGCCUGACCUUAACAUUUUUACUGUUUUAAACAGCAUUAUUUGUGAAUUUAAUUUUUUAUUGUAAUGUUUUUGUACACACCUUGUGCAUGAUCACUUUAAUUUAUUAAACCUUACUCUGAGAAAUUAA